AUGCUUUCCUACUACGUGAUCAUUCAUCUCAGUUGGGAGGACAAGUUUCGGGAUACUACUUCCUUGCGCGAGACGAUCCUCUGCGCAUUUGGACAAGACAUUCGACCGAUUGAGGUCGUGAACUUUGCCGAGCCCCUGAGCCCGGACAGUAUGCCAAUCAAAGUUGAGGUUUCCCAGCCUCUUAAAUUGACGGAACAAAAUAAAGUCAUCCUCAGGAACCAGGCACAUGAUAUUGCCCGAGACUGGCUAUUCCGUUACACCUCACAUGGUGAGAUUUCUCCUGCUCUUAGCAUGGUUCACUGGUCUCGUCGUUAA